AUGCAGGUUGAAGAAACAUGUUUGACUAUAAGGACUGAUGAGAGUCCCUGCCAGGAUAAAGGAGCGAUAUCGAGAAGCAGAUCUGCACACUUUCUGUACUUAUGCAAUGCUCUGGGGAAGAGGUCUCAUGGACCAAUUUACAGUAUCUAUUCUCAGGAGAAAACCUUCAAGUCAGGUGCACCCAAGACUCUAUAUACAGCAGCUGUACAGUAUAUAACUUACAGAGGUUGCACGGGCAUUAACAUUUUAAAUGUGAAUGUUUCUGAUUUUGCAAAGGAGAGCUUCGUUGAAGUGUUCCAGUUAAAUGAAAUCCUAUCUGGGAAUUGUGUAAUUAAUGUCUCUGUGUUAGGGAGCUGUGAUCUGACCUCAUCCUGCUGUGAUGAUCUCCGCUCUGCUGUUACUACAAACCGCUCUCUGACCAGGCUGGUCCUGUCACAGAAUAAUCUUCCAGAGUAUAUCUGGCCGCCUCUGCAGCAUCUGGGAGGUUUCUGGCAAGAGGAGUCCCUGAUGUUUGUAGGUUAUCUGAAUGAUACAGAAUGGGCUCAGUGUGAGAGGAACAAGACACAUGGAGACAUUCUGUAUGAGGCUCUGGAAGAUCUGACACAAAAUGACUUCAAGCGAUUUAAAGACAAGUUGUCUGAUUUCUCUGAUGGAGAGAGAGGCCCCAUCCCACGUGGGCGCCUGGAAACAGCAGGUUAUGUUACCACUAAAAAUGUUCUCACAGAUGUUUAUGGAGAGGAUGCAGCUCUGGAUGUGACCAUACAGGUCUUCAAGCUGAUAAAUCUUAUUGGUCCUGCAGAGGCGCUCCAGCACCAAGUGACACAACAUGAUAAAGCACAGAAGAUGUCUUCUAUUGUGACACUUGAAGGCUACAGAUCAAGAUACAUGGAUCAGAUGAGAAAGAAAUACCAUGUUAUUAAACAUCAUGAUAAAAGAUUAGGCAAAGGUCUGAAUCUGAAGAAAGAAUACACCAGUCUUCUACUGAUCAAGAAUUAUCAGGAUGAAAGGGAGAAGCAAAUUGACAUUAUGUUUUCUAGCUUGAGGUAUCUACAGAUUAUGGAAGACAGAUCAUCAGAUAAGUAUUCUACAACCACUAUACAGACUCUGUUUGAUCCUGAUGAUGAUGGAACUGUUCCCAAUACUGUGGUGUUACAGGGACCUGCCGGGAUAGGAAAGACUAUAACAUCUCAGAAGAUCAUGCUGGACUGGGCCUCUGGGGAACUGUAUAAGGACAAGUUUCAGUUUGUGUUCUAUAUAAGCUGUAGAGAAGUCAACACCAUCACUGGUAAUAUCAGCCUGGCUGGAUAUCUAUCCAGCUAUUUUGGAAGGACAUGUCCAUCUGAUCUGUUGAAAUCAAUCUUCCAUAAUUCUGAAGAAAUACUUUUUAUUGUUGAUGGUUUAGAUGAAUUAAAAUGGUCAUCAAUGAAUGAUACUGAGGUUUGUGAUGACCCAUUUCAGGAGGUUUCAAAAGAAAUCCUAUUAAAAAGUUUGAUUAAAAAAACACUGCUCAGUGACAGCUCACUAAUUAUCACCACAAGACCAUUCUCACUGAUGAAAUUGAUGGAAUUUGUUAAAUGUAUUCGAUAUGUGGAAAUUCUGGGGUUUACAGGUAAAGACUGUGAAGAAUAUUUUUAAAAUUUCUUUGAAACCAAAGA